GUUCCGAUACUUCAAGAUUAAGAAGUGAGGACAAUAGAAGCCUAGAAAAUUCUUCUAGCCACUAAAGCAAAGUUCCCUAUGAUGAAAUGAAGCUAAUUCGAUGGUUGACCUGUUAUGAUUCUCUUCACAAGUUUUUCACAUUUUCAACAUCCUUGAUCACUUUGAGGUAGCCGAAGCGACCACCCACUGAACAUAUUGAUCCAAGAUUGAAGGCUCUGAAAAUGGUGGAAGAUUACAAGCAUAAAAUUUAGGUGAUUGUUAAAGUUUUAGUCAAUAAGCUCUCCCUCCCUUAUGCUAUGAAAAUGGUGAUCUCUUAAUUGCGAAAACCUAUUAACAAGUUUUCACUAGGGAAGCAAAAUGCAUCAUUGCUAUGUAGGAUAUACGAAAUAAUCUCCAGAAGAAACGUUUUGUCAGAUUUUUGAGUCCCUUAGUCGCCUUGGAAGCAGAGCUUGAUGUUGCCUUGAACAAAGUGAAAGAUUUUUUCUACUUUGCAUCCAUCAAGUUGAUCACAAAGAUUAAUGUUUGAAUCAGUUCUUGUUCCUACCAAGUGAUGAAUGAGAAACUCUCGUGGUUUUCAUCAAUGCGAUCUUGGGUUGAUUCCAUUCUUCAUUCUUUAAUCUUUAAUUAAAAUUUGUUGAGCAGAGUCAACAACCCUCUCCCCAAUAAAGGUCUUGGUUAUCCCAAAAUGGCUUCUCUUAUCCCUCCUAGCUGUAGGAUAGUUCAAAAGAACAAGGUCAUCAGAAGGUGAAAACAUUUGUGCCGCCUUAGUUCAGCAACUUUAGCUUCCAGACGUGACAUGUAACUCACUACAUUUUGAAGCAACAACAAGAAUUUGCUUUACACCCCCAAGGUAGAAACAAGUUCAAGAUUUGCUACAAAGAUAUAACAUUUGGUCAUAAAUAGAAAUAUGCAGGUACAAUAAGACAAGUGCAACUCAAGCAUGUGAAGAUUUUCCAUACCAACAUAGGAUAAGGAUAAACAUUUGUCACUACCGGCAUAUAAAUAUGAUAGCCCAAGUAUAGAACUGUCUUUCCUUUGGCAAAACUUUUCAAGUGUUCCUGUUAAUUUAACAUAUUGCUGGUUGAUCAUUCAUUAUUAGUUCCUGCCUACAGGAAACUAUAGCAGAGGCUAUUUUCGCUAACCCCUUAUUAAUCUGAGCCAAAACAACCAAUCAUAUUUAUUUUUGUUGCAAAGAUUUUCAUGUUUCCUUGGUUCUGCCCGGAAAAGAUGCAAAUUAUUUAGGCGAAUUUUUAUCCUCAAGUUUUUUGGCAUUGGCAUAUUGGAUACAUUGGCAGUUUGCAGCGGUUUGUAGGGCUUUGUGCGGUUCUCAACAAGAGAGAACGCACACCUCCAGAGGCUGCAGGGCCCGUUAAAGCAGAGUCCUGACGGUUGCUUCAAACAGAUGGCGAGCCAGAAAAGCCCUGCAGAGAUUAGAUCUAUGGAAAACUGAGUAUGAGCGCGAGAAACAAAGCAUGCAAACAUAUGGCUCGUAAGUUUUCAUUUUGGGCAUGCAAAACUACUAUGCGCAGGCAGGUUCUGACUGAGAAAAGGAAUACAUUGUUCUGGGCAAUCUCGAAGAGGAUUAAAGAGGACCACAGACAUUUUAGGUUCUGUAUUGUUUCCAAUAUUUCCAAUCUAAAGUUCAUCAACACAGAGCAUGGUUGCAACAUACAUAGCAUAGCAGAGCAAGCCUAGAGAAUCCAAAGCAUAGCAUUGGACAAAUUGGAACUGCAUUCAAACAGUUCCCGAUGCCCAAGAAGCCCCUCCAGACAGCGGAAGUUGUUCUACUGACAAACCUCAGCCAAAGAAAUUAAAAUUGCAACCAUUGCAUAUAUCAAGCAUCAUUGAAAUAUGUACAACACAAUUUGUUGUCACAUUUGAAGGCGAUGUUCUUGUAACUUAUGGCCCAGGUUGUAACAAGAACCCUGUAGGCCAAAUAAAAGCACCGAUUGUGCAUGUGGACAUAGUUGACAGUCAUGGUCAAAUGACUAUAACAGUAAAUAUCAACAACAAGUUGAUUGAUACGUUCCUUUCACAACUAUUGCCUACUGCUAGUGUUCGUCUAACAAACUUCAUAAUAAAAAAGAAAAGCCAAUACGAAAGAGGUGAUGCUGAUUCUUGUCUCCAGUUAACUGCAAAAAUAACAAUUGAAUGCAUUGUAAAAGUCUACAAACAACGCAAGCUAACACCAGACAGAACUAUAGCACAACUCAUCGAUUCACCUAACACUUACUCAAUUGGUUCAUUGGCUGUUCUUGUCGCUGGUUAUACUGAGGCACCAACAGGAUAUCAAUUACUAGUUAAAGACGGUGAAUCUGCCUCUGACACAGCCACUCUCACAAUGCCAAAAAACCACUCGGAUGUCUAUGCCACUCUACAACAACUUCUUCCUACAACAUCGCCCCUCUUAUUAUUCAAGAACAUUGUACGCAAUGGCGCCCACGAAACACACCUGUUAAAGUCAACGCUGUCAACUUUUGUUGAUGAACUCAACGAUGACUGCAGCAAAGCUUCUCUGCAAAAUCUGGCUUCCUCCAACAUUCAGGUCACUGGAACCCUCAAGACCAAAAACGCCCACCUUCCUCCCUACCAGCCCCUCUGUUCCAUCUACCACCACAUUGUUCGUUUACUUCCCACUGCCACUGACAACUCAACCCAAUGUCUCACUUGCGCCACUUCAACCCCAUUCACCUACGAACCUUACUUGCAAUGCACAAUAGAAACUGUAACUAGUACCAUUGAUUGUAACUUACACACCACACUCUUGCAAGAAAUUUUUCCUCAGCUUGCCAAAAUCCCAUUUGAAAAUUACAAGAAAGACAUAUCAACAGUUGUUUUCCUUAUGCGCAAAUUCCAAAUGGAUGCAACAUUCACAAUUGCAAUGAACAAUUCUAUUAUUCACAUUGCUAAGGACGACAAUGAAGGCCUGUGAGACUAGAUUGCCAUAUGAAAGAACAUUUUGCCCAACCAAAUGCUUUUUUGUCAAGGUCAGAGAAGCUCAGGACAACCAGAAAACUCUACAAAGAAAUUGAAUCAGAAUACCACUAUACUAGUUUUGUACGUUGAUGAAAACAAUCACAAAACCUUCAGAGACACUCAGGACAACCAGAAAAGAAGAAAUUGACUCACAAUACCACUAUACUAGUUUUGUACAUAGUCAACUGACAAACAAUGUUCAGGACAAAAACUUUCAAUUUAAAUACCAUGUAAUCAAUUAAAAAAUGCUCUAGAAACAUAUGUUAAUAUAUAUACAUAUUUUCUCCUUU